UACUUAGGGUCACAGAUACACAAGGAUGGAGUACGCUACCAGCCUAAUUCCAUCAUCUUUGGCAUGUUCCAAGGCUUCUACGGGGCACCAGACAACCUCCCUGACCCUAACAAGAUCCAGAACGAGUUUCGAACUUCAAUGGAAGUGGAGCAAAAUGCUGCUAUCCUGUCAUACAAAACAUUUUCCUUGGGAAGGUUACAUACAACUCAGCGAGCAAUAAGACAAACUGAAGUGUCUGUGUCCAAAGUCCGAACGUCCAUUGUUGAGAAGCUGACCCUAGUCAGGAAGAAGACUGAUCUGCAUUCAGAGAAGGAAGCAUUAUUGCUGCGUCUGAGCGUUCUAAAGUAUGAACAGGAGCAGCAAGAGUCACUACUGGCCACUGACUGUCAGAAAUGUACCAAGAGUAGAGAAAGCAUCGAUGGGAAAGCUCAAGAUCUGAGGUUGAGACGAGAGAGAUUACAAAGUGAGAUCGAUGAGCUGAAACAUCAGAAUCAUCUCUAUCAGGAGAAAAAGGAACAGCUUCAGAAAUUAGCGGCCAAGUACACAGCAAGGAAGACUACAUUGAUUGGUGAGCUGUCAGACAUCUAUCCGGUGGUAGAGCAGGCAAACCACGAAUACACAAUCCUUGGCAUUAAGCUUCCAAAUGCUGAACGUUAUUCAGGCACUGAUGACAUGGUGGUAUCCACUGGCCUUGGACACACCUGUCACCUGAUCUUGAUGAUGUCACAAAUCCUCAAGUUGCCUCUCCGCUAUCCCAUGUUCCACUAUGGCUCACGGUCGCUUGUCAGAGAUCACAUUACAGAAUCACUGGCAGAAAAGGACAGAGAUUUCCCAUUGUAUAGUCGCGGCAAGGAGCGCUUCCAAUUCAAUUAUGCCCUGUACCUUCUGAACCGUAACAUAGCACAGCUCCGAUAUGCCAUGGGGUUACAGACAGUUGACCUCAGAGCAACCUUGCCAAACCUCAAGACUCUGUUGGAACUCAAGUGGGGAGUUAAAAACAACCUCAUCAGUCCCGUUUACCAAGCGCCGAGAAGUCUACAACAGCCUGACCAAUCAGAAGUCUCCUCUCAGCAGACCCAACACCAGCAACAGAGGGUCCCCUUCGUUCGCAGAGCCACGCUUCCACCAGGCGUCCCCCCCUACCCAGUUCAAGCACCGCCACCCUACAGCCAAGUCGACUUGUCACGCCCAACCCAGGCUGACCCUCGUCCCCCUCCCUUCCCGGCAUUUGAUUCCACCCAGACACCCUCUCUGAGCCCCUAUGUGGAGCAAAACAGCCCCUUUGAGGAUCUGACGCCUGAGGUCGAGCCUCCUCUCCCCUCAGCUCCCAUAUCGAUCCCGAGUGUGGACAACGCUGCCAAAGACAUUGAGGCCAAGCAGGCUUUGUUUGUUGAACGGGGCAACAGCGAUGAAGGGACUAGACAGACAACUGCUGUGAUCGAGACUGACGUUGCCGGCCUGUCCUUAGAAGACACUUUAAGUGAAGCCAGGAGAGCAGAAACGCUCAGGCCCAGCAUCGAGUACCGACACAAGGACAGCAGUUGGCCACUGGAGUUUGUCGAGGCAAAUGGUGAUAGUGACACUCUCAAGACUGAUCUGGUAGAACCCAUAGCUGUUGAACAGGUUGAAAUUGACGACCAGCAGGGCAACUUAUCGCCAGCAGCAGUAACAGCAAAUUUAGGAGCUGAAGUGCCACAGAGUCCAUUACCGGAAGGGCCAUUAAGGACUUUGGAACCAGAAUCGCAACCUGAGGCAAGCUGUGAAUCUCUAGACUUACCUGAAUUUCCACCAUCAGGUUACCUUGAUCAGCCUGAGCAGCAGGCCAGUGCUGUUGCAGAUGUAGAAGCAGAACUGGUGGCAAAGCCGUCAAUAACUAGCGACGGCUGGGCUUCACAGACAAACACCAACAAUCACCACAACUCUAGGUCAGAAUCUUCUCAGGAAACUCUUCCUCCUGACAACACAUCACAUGCUAUCCAGCCUCAACAUCCAACAGCCCAAGAGACUUUUCUGCGAUCUCCCUCGGAGCUUGCCUCCUUGCAAGAACCAAAGCUGCUAGAUUCCAAGCCUCAUUCCUCGAAUCACCAUGGCGACACAUCAGUACCAAACCUUAAUAAAGUUGAAUCUGUUGGAGAACCAAAUCUUGACUUCAUGUUCCCAUCAGACAAAAGUUUGUUCAGUGACGAUGCAUCAUGUUCAACGCAAUCUGAUGCAAUUGGCAGUCCUCCAAGAGAACGUAACAAUGUGACUUAUUCCAUGGACACCGAUGCAGGCCACCUGUUUCAUGAUCUUGGUAGCCGUGCAGAGGCCCUCUCUCGACAAGACAGUUUUUCCAGCUUCAAGAAAGUAUCCACGAGCCCAAAUAAGGGACGAAAAUCAGGAAAACAUGCGAUGAUGGAGUCGCGAUAGGUUGACAUUGGAGCCUACAAGCAGGCUUCGCUCAAGAAUUGCCUUUUCCUGUUUAGAAUGCAGGAGAAACAUCCAGUGGAAACUUGCAACAAGUAGAAUGGAGUUUUCAAAAUGAAACAGAAAGGUUAAACCUCUCUCCAGCACAGGUAACAUUUCUGCCUUGUGGAGGAAAUGUAUUUUUGAAAAACUGUCGGAAAUCACAGCUUAUUACAUUCGUAUAAUACACCGUAGCUAAGGGGAAGAUCAGAAAAGGUAAAUUUUCAAAAUUCUAUAGAAGCAUUCUCAAGAUGUUACUUACACCCCUUCCAGAACACUUGCUAGGGUCAAAUUAAAUUGUUACCAACUUUAUAUUGAUUUGAACAUGUAGAGUGUUGCACUUUGUACUUCUAAAUGUGAUCAUUUGUUUGAACUGUAAAACUCCAAUCAACCUGUCAGGUUCAUUUUCUCUACAUUUUCCUUUCUUUUGUAAAAAUGCAAGAUUUACAUUUUCCAAUGAUUUCUGAUUGUGAUACAAAAUUGAAAUUUGUGAUGUACUCUUUAUCUUUAAAAAAAUUGACAUCUUUGACCAAUAUGAAAUACGUUAUAGUGUGACAGAGAGGAAGAAAUGUCCUUACCAUACAUACAAAUGUUGCAGGUAUGUACUGUGCAUGUCACAAAACGCAUUGGGUUUACUCUGAAUUGUAUUACCGAGCUUAGUGCAAUGUGUCAUUUCCAAAUUGGAAAGUAUUGUUAUUUUAUGUCACUUUAUACCCUUUUAAUUGAUACAUGAAUGUGCCAAUUAUAGUUUUCAUGGACAAGGACACCUUUGUUAGAGAAUUUGCUAAUGGUUAACUUCUGUCUCUAGACCGCUUAAACAUUCUAUAAUCAUACUGCUCAUAGAUUCUGUCCCUCAUGCAUGGCUUGUGUUGGAAUUUAAAAUGUCUCACAUACUUUAAAAUGUGGUUUAUUUCCUGAAAAUGUUGACUUUCAAAUAAUUUCUGGUCCUUUUAAAAGUUUCCCCGUAUCAAACAGAAUGUUUUUUUUUUAAAUAUUUUGCCUGUGCCUUCUUGGCCAUAGAUGUAGUCUAGAUUUCUAUAUUAGAUGACAGACCCAAUCUAACCUCAGAAUUCAAAAUUUCAAAAUGUAACCGUAUGUUUACUCAUUUUGUCUAAGUAACUGUUUUUAGUUUCUAAACUUGAGUGAUCAACCAAUAAGCUGUUUGAAAGUUGGAUGAACCCACACCCCACCCCUCCAAAAAUCCCACACUCAACACACUAAAACAAACUCCCAAAAUGUAUUUUCCUUUGCAGUGUAUUGCAGUUCUGACAAAUCUUGUCGCCAACAUUCAUACCAAAAAAAAGGAAUUAACAACCCCAGAUAACAUAUUUUCCUUUGCAUGUAAGCGUUUGCUUUGGUAAAUGGACUUUGUUAGAAGAAUAGGUUUUCAUAGGAUUUGUUCCAAUUAAUUCUUAUUUUUCUUGCAAGUGAAACACCAGUAGGCAUUUAAGUUCAGUCAUCUGUGGCUUUGGCAGGAACACUUCCGUUGAAAAUUCUCCUGCUUUUGCGACACUCUGUUUUGAAAUGCUUUGUUACUCAAGGAAGUCAUAUUUGUACAUGUACAGCAUCACUUUUUUUUACUGUACGUUUCAAUUCACCUACUGGAUCUGUGGAACACAAAUGUUGGAUACCACAGACGGAAGCAUGUUAUGAGCUUGGAUAUUGCAUUCUCUCUUUGGGAAUUGUAAUGUAAUAUUACAUCAUUAUUAAAAUCAGUGUAAUUCCACUCAUGUUGGACAAAG